AUGUCUUCCUCCGAAGGUUCCGAUCGUUCCGAAAAAUCCAACACCUCAACUGUGUCCUCGGUUGACUCUUUCAGGCAAAGAGUAGAAAACUUAAGAGCAAAAUAUCAGGACAUUCUACAGGAAGGUUUCUUUCGAAAUUUGCAGCACGAUUGGUUACAGCAGCAAGCGGCCGAACCCGAUCUAACCCAGACAUCAUCGGACGCAUCAACGCUCGACUGUUUGAGCGAUCCUAGUGGAAGCUUCAUCGUGCUGAAUGGUCGAAAGUUUCCAUUGGAGUUUUUUCGUGACAUUUCGCCAAAGGUCGAAGAAAAAAGCCCUCCAAAAGAGACGAGUGGGCGCAGUAGUUCCGCAGAAAAACAGGAACUGCAAGAGCAGGAUGAUUACAGCAAUCCUUAUGCGGUUCUGACGCUGGAACGUAUUGCGGCGCGUAAUGCGAGAAAAAGUCGCUUUCACACGGCACGCUCCCGGGGUUGCCAGAAUGUACGGCAACGGUUGCACGUUGAAGAACUUCCGUUUGAUGAGGAAAUGCUAGGACCUAGCAAAUCGGCCAAGUUUCAAUCACGCUUGGCUACCCAGCUCGAUGCACACUACCGCAAUGAACUAACGUACCGGCCAAGGAUACGGAACUUUAAGCGUAUCGACGCCAUUCACAACCUUCGCGAAUCGGGACGCCAUCAGUUUGAAACGUACUAUCGGCAGGAGUACAUCGUAGGACAGACGCGAAAACAAAACAUCGAAAACGAUUCCUACCAGCAGCUAGCCGAGCGGUGUACCGAACUCCGGGAAGCAGUCCGUACGAUUCGACAGGAACGUUUUAGUGCAACAAUGAGGGUGCUGGACGUUGUGAAACCAUACUUUGAAACGUCUGCCCAGCUGGAGGCCCGUCUAAAAGAGCUACAAACCCGGAUGACCAGCCUGUGGAAUCAGGUGGUGCGACUGGAAAGCAUCUGGGUGCAGCGGCUAAAGCUGCAAAACUUCCUCUACCUCAUCAUGCCCAAGGAGUGGCGUGAACGCAACGAUUGGAUCCAUCAGGACGGUGAAGGCCGGCUCGAAAGUUACCCAAUUUCGAUAAGUCGACGCGAUGUGGUUAACAUCCGCAACAUUGACGAUGGUAACGAUAUUUGGGCGGUGAAGAGAUUUUUCGACCAGCAGUACCUUGCGAAAAAUAAACCCGUCCACGAAGCGUUCACCAGUGCGGCCGAGUUGCUGCACGGCGUGGCGGAGCUAAACACCAACUCCAUGACGCUGCUGUCUCGGCUCGAUCUGAUGAACUGGGUAAAGUCAAACGCCGAAACGGAGUCGGAAAAAGUGCAACGAAAUUUCGCGCACCAAAUUCAAGCGAUACGACGCUUCAUACAGGACAUGGACGAGCGGCGAAAGUUCUACGAGCGGCGUACCGUCGAGUUGAAGCAACUUUUCGACGAGCUAGUACAAGGACCGCUUAAACAUGCCAUCCACAAUGAACGCAAUCGGGAGAUAGAAAGUUUGGUGACGGUCGUUUACAGCAAGCUACUACCGGCCAAGGAACGUGACGAAGGUUCGUCGGUACGGCUGUCCGGUGUGACGUGUUUUGCGUUCAUCUUCGAAAUGGUUCUACAGCUGUUGGCCGAUUUCGAUCAAAUGCCUGCCGAUCUGCUGCACUCCAUCGAGCAUAAGGUACGCUUCCGGCGACGUCGGCGUAUGGUACAAGCGGUUCGUGCCGCGGAAGAGGAACACCGGAUCAGUCAGCUGGCGGUACAGUUACGCCGUGGGCUAGCGCCACCGUACAAGAAGCCGGAUCAUAAAGUUAAGCCACCCCGUUCACGCCUACGACGCAAAGUGGUGCCGGUUGUGGAGGUGAAACCACACGUUUCCAAAUUGGACGAAAUCUUCCGACUGGCGUUCGGAGACGAUGCCACGAUGACGGCCGAAGAACGGGUUAACUUUGAGAUUGAUAUGAUCUAUCAAAACUAUUGCUCGGUUCAGUUUGACCACUUUUUGCGUAUGAUCGGUUACGAGCCGGAUUAUGAUGUGGUAAGCCGAGUGCAGCAACGGGACGGACCGGAAGAGAACUUCUUCAAGCGCAAGGAGCUGAUUCCACGGGUGCUGCGGAAACUGCAGCAAUGGCAACACAUGCAGCAGAUGUUACGCGAACGAUUGUUCAAGCGAAUGUCUGCGGAAUGGCAAACCGUCCAUAGUUAA